UUAUUCCUAGAAACAAACGCUCUUUCGUCAGGAAAGUCACCAGCUCGAACCGGCCGCCCCGAUACAUACCUCGCGUCGUGUUGCCACGGUGGUCACAUGCGCUAAGACAGAAACUUCUGUUCUGCCCUGACGUGUGGCAUCAAAUCAUUCGGUGCCACGCCGUGGGGAGCAGCUAUCAUCCCAAGCGCUUCACAUCGGUUCCCGCUAACAAACAGCAGCAGCAAUGCCAUUGCCCAGAAUCAACUCUCACCACAGGAGCAGGAGAAACCGACCUCAGCACAAGUGGAACCGUUUAUUCAAACUUUUAUUCUCAAAAGUUGGCUUUCAGGAGCCACGUUACAGGUAGCCGCUGGUCAUAAGUGGCCACGGGACGUUUAAGAGGAACAGUUCUACAGAUAUGGAGGAAUAGUCUGACAUCUCGGAGAAGGGCUUCCAGCAGGUUUCGUUUGUCAACUCGAUCGCUACGACCAAGGAAGGUCGCCACGGAGACUACGUCUAGGACAUCAUCGUGAAGCAGCUGAUGCUGAAGCUGAAGGAGAACAUGAAGCUGCAGGUCAAGAGCUUCUGCUCGAAGUGCGUCAUGUCGGAGAAGUUCGUCGCGGCCGUGUUAAAGCGUGGCAUCGUCGAAUUGGUUCUGCAAUGGGCCAAGUUUAAGGCUCAGACUGAGUUGAGCAAGGCUUCCGGUUCGAAAAAGUCGAAGAUCCAGAGCGUUCCCAAGCUGGAGGAUGCCAACGAUGCCGGUACGAAGUACUCGGAGGAGCGGUACCUGCACAAGAAGACCACCCGAGCGAUUUUCUACAAGAAGAUUAUCAACCCGGAUUUGGAUUUGUUCUCCAACUCGGACAACGUUCGAGCGUAA